UGUCAAUAAUGUUAGGUAUGCCAUACGCAGACGCAGAAGCUGAGUGUUUAAAGUAUGCAUUACUUCCGGCUCUUUUGAGAACUCAAGAGGAAGCCAUUAUCGCAAAAAAUGCGCUAAAUACACAAAACACUGUGUCAGAAACGUUUUGGAUCGGAUUAACACUGAACGGAACCAAUUAUACCUGGAGCGAUGGAACACCAGCACUGUUUACAGACUGGAGUAUAAAUGAACCAGAUAAAUUGGACAUAGCGCAGUGUGUAAUUAUAGUCGGAAAAGAGUUCAAAUGGAACAGUACAAACUGCACUACAGAAGACAAUGUUCUCUGUCAAUAUCCAACAAACAAUAGAUUCCCGAUUUCAAACGAUAUUGAUCAGAUUGGUGACAGCACAACGACAACCAUUGGUGCAACUUAUCCAGAUACAUCAACAACUAUUAGUGCAACCUAUCCACCUAUAUCGACAUCGCGUGUUAACGCAGGGGACAUAACUCAGAGAAUUUUUCUAUUAAAUGGCUUAGACGUUGAACCUCAGAAUCAACCAUACCAUGUGACAAUAAGCCAAAGCAAAAUUCGUUGCGCAGACUAUUGUUUAACGGACCAUGUAUGUGCUGCGUUUGUAUUCAACGGAUGGCAAUGUUUACUGUACAACUCGUUUAAUUCAGGCUCAGUAAAUCAUGUUGCGGGUAGUGCAAUUUGGAAAUAAGAGCAAGCACCUUUCAUUCAUUUUCACUAAAAAACCAAAAAGGAAAUACACAUUGUCAGUGAAUUGGAUUCAAUAAGAACGACUUUAACUAGUACGUGUU